ACCGCGUACAAGUGUGCCUGUAUCUUACGGGACACGAUUAACCCUUACCUGCUGCGCAGAAUGAAGGCCGAUGUUCAGAUGACCCUCUCCUUGCCGGAUAAAAAUGAGCAGUCCAUGUUGGCUUGUAGUACGAUGCAAAUAUUCAAACAGUUUCUAACGAACAGAAUCCUGAAGGACCCAAAGCAGAGGCGUUUCUUCAAGUCCAAUGACCUCUACGAGCUCUUCACCCUGAGCGCCCCGGACGGAGCCCAGGGGACAGAGACCAGCGCCCUCUUUGCAGGAACCGGCUCUGAUGUUCCAGCACCGAAGCGGCCACUGAAGCGUCGCAACGCCAACGUCUCUGGAUUUUCCAGAAGAUUCGAGGGGGUGCCAAUUCCUCACCUGGUGAAGCAGAGAAAGUACCAGAAAGAAGAUUGCGAAGAGGGGCUGCGAGAGCCAAAGAAAAGCGAUGAUUACGUUUUGGAGAAGCUUUUCAAAAAAUCAGGAAUACACAGCGUGAUGAAGCAUGACGCCAUCAUGGAAGCUUCCAGUCCAGACUAUGUGUUGGUGGAAGGCGAGGCCAGCCGUGUCGCUCAAGACGCCCUCCGAGCCCUGAAGAUUUCUCGACAACGAUACCGGGGAGCUGCUUCCACGCGGACGGAUGACGCCCCAACCUGGUUAAA